AUGUUUGUGUCGACCCGCCUCACAGAGUGGCCAAUCUACCAAUCUCUACAUCGCAACAUCUACCCAAUCUCAUUCCUCUUCGUCUUUCUGCUCCGCUACUUCCGUGUCCUCAUCAGUCUAUACGGCACCUAUAGAUACCGGCCUACACCCAUACCGCUACACCCCACAUACCACAUCAACGACGUCACAGUCAUCAUCCCCACCACAGACCUCAUGUGCGAAACUCUGCAUCACGUCGUCCGCUCCAUCCUCGCCCAAAGCGUCCCCAAGCUCAUCAUCGCCACCGCUGGAACCCAAGCCUCCGAACAAUUCCGCGCAUUUCGAGCUUUAUUCCCAGAGAGCAAGGUCGUAGUGGCCCAUCGCGUCAAAGCCUCCCGCCGCGAACAAACAGCCCAAGCCCUCAAACAAGUCUCCACGCGCCUCGUUAUCCUCCAGGACGACCACACCUACUGGCCCCAAUCCCCUCGCUUUAUCGCCUCCGUAAUCGCGCCCUUCGAAGACGCAAAAGUCGGUGCCGUAAGCGCCGAUUUACAAGCUCGACACCGCGGCCACCCCUUCUCCUUUUCUGGGUUCUGGAACUUCAUGGGUAUGACAUACCUGAUGCGGCGCUCCUACGAGUACAGAGGCACCUACGGCAUCGACCGCGGCCUCUCAACCCUCCCAGGCCGUUUCGGCGUCUUCCGCACAGCCAUCUACGCGUCGCCUGAGUUCCUAAACGGGUAUCUGAACAGCUACAUGCCGUUUAAGAGCGAGCCCUUGAAUUCCGAUGACGACAAGUUCCACACGCGCUGGCUGAUUGAGCAUGAUUGGGAUUUUGGGCUGCAGGCUGGACCGGAUAGCGUUAUGACGACGGAACUGGGGGAGUGGCCGAAGUUUAUGGGGCAGGUUCUGCGCUGGACGCGGACGACUUGGCGGAAUAAUCCGGCGCAGUUGAUGGGAAACAAGAAUUCAGCGCUCAUGAACCUACUUAACAGAGACCAUGAGUUCGAGAUGCAGUGUCUGGCCUACAGAGUGAAGGUCGGAUGGGCAAAGGUGGUGUGA